AUGGCCGAGAAGCAGGAAGAAGGGGACGUUCCGAACUCUUCACAAGGCUUGACAUGUCCACUGUGUCUUGUUAUCUUCGAAGAUGCAACCCUCUUGACCUCUUGCGGACAUACCUUCUGUCGACCCUGUCUCAGGAAAUAUGACCUAUCCCACCAGGAUCUUGAUCACAUGGUCUGCCCUCUCUGCAGGACUGUGACGAAGUUGUCUUCAAACCGGGUCGACGAUCUCCUCCCCAAUGUGACGGUCAACGGACUAGUGGACGACCACCGUGCCAGGUCUGGAGGGGGCAGUGUCAUCCUGGAGAUGCGGCAAAGGUGCACUGUCUGCAACCUCCAGGUAGAGGCCAUCGCUUUCUGCAGUACGUGCGAUGCAUACAUGUGUGACCAAUGCUGCGUUGGCCACGAACAACAGAAGCUGUUCUUCGAAGGUCAUGAGAUCGUAUCUAUCCAUGAUAUCGUUGAGGGAAAUUGUAAACCUGGUAGUCGCUACGAGAAAUGUUCCGUCCACAGACAAGAGAACAAAUAUAUUUUCUGUCAGGAUUGUAAGAUACGCGUCUGUUUCAAGUGCGUCAUCAUUGAUCAUCGAGAUCACAAAAUAAAAUCACAUCAGGACUUCGAAAAAGAAAUGCAGGUUAAGGUGAGUGAUCUUCUCCAUCGAUGUGAAACAAAGAAAUCAGAACUGGAGAAGAACAUCCAGACUGUGGAGACACAUCGUAAUGAGGCACAUACUGCACUUCAGCUACUACGUGAACAUGUCGGCCAAGCCUGUCGUACCAAGGUCAAACAACUAGAAGACAACCGAUGUGCACUCGUUGAGAAGAUCGAUGUUCUGGAGCGUAGUUUUGAUGAAGCCCUCAAUGGUCUGAAAUCGAAUGACGAAUAUAUGAUCGAGACAAUUUGUAGAUCGGUAGAUCUGGUGGCUAAUGACAGACUCGGAUGUCUUGAGGCGGACAGUCUGGUUGCUCACACAUUCUUUUGCGAAGAGAUCGAUGGCUUGCUGAAAGAGGUUAUUGAUCAAACAUCAGCAGCAACCAUAAGGGAGAAGACACAGAAGCAGAGAUUCAAGCCUGCAGAUGACACCAGUUUUGACCUUGGAACAUCUCAGAAACAGAUGGUGAGGCUGCACUGGAUGGCAUACUGA